AUGUUCAAGGACGCCCAUAAAUUCAUAUCUAAGUGUGAUGUUUGCCAAGGACAAGGGAACAUCAGCAAACAAAAUGAGAUGCCACAAAACUUCAUUCAAGAAGUCGAAGUUUUUGAUGUUUGGAGAAUCGACUUUAUGGGUCUUUUUCCUUCAUCUUUUGGAAACAAGUACAUCCUUGUUGCUGUUGACUACGUGUCUAAGUGGGUAGAAGCCAUAGCCAGCCCCACAAAUGACGCAAAAGUAGCAAUAAAGAUGUUCAAGUCGAUCAUACAAGAUUUGGUGUUCCGCGACUUGUCAUCAGUGAUGGUGGUUUCCACUUCAUCAACAAAGUUAUCAAACAGAGAACUCAAAGAAAUUUUGGAAAAGACAAUAGGACCGACAAGAAAAGAUUGGUCAGCAAAGCUCGAUGAUGCUCUUUGGGCAUAUAGAACUGCGUUCAAAACCCCAUUGGGUACUACACCUUUUCAACUUGUUUAUGGUAAGGCUUGUCAUCUUCCAUGGGAGUUAGAGCUCAGGGCGGAAUGGGCCAUAAGAAAGCUGAAUUACGACAUCCAGACAGCAGGUGCAAAACAUUUGAUUCAGUUAAAUGAGUUAGACGAGAUUUGCCAUAAUGCCUAUGAGAACUCUAAGAUCUAUAAGGAGAAGACGAAUGAGUUUUAUGACAGGAAAAUAGUUCAUAAGACGUUCUCACCUAAUGACCAGGUUCUACUUUAUAACUCACGUCUAAAAUUGUUUCCCGGAAAGCUUAAAUCACGAUGGUUUGGACCUUUCAAGAUCAAAGAAGUUUUACCCUAUGGUGCUGUGGUUCUAUGGAACCGCCAAGGAGGUAAUUUCACUGUCAAUGGACUAGAUUAG